CGCUUCACGUGCUUCCAGGAAUAAAUAACCGGCUGGGAGGACAGUUUUACGUCUACAUACUUUAUCGUACUCACGCCGACAGGAUCAGGUGGGGGGCAACCUGGAGCUGGAGAACUGAUCGAAUUCAUACCAACAACUGACAAACAAGCUACAGGCAACAUGUGGCAUACAGCCUGCCUCCUGCUGGCUGCCAGCUUGUCUUUGAGCCUGGCCAGACCCCACCUUCAUCCACUGUCCAGUGAGAUGGUGAACCACAUCAAUAAACUGAAUACUACCUGGAAGGCUGGUCACAACUUCCAUAAUGUUGAUUACAGUUAUGUUCGGAAACUGUGCGGUACAAUGCUGAAGGGACCCAAACUGCCAGUCAUGGUUCAGUAUGCUGGAGACUUGAACCUGCCAAAAGAAUUUGACGCUAGAGAGCAGUGGCCCAACUGUCCCACUCUGGAAGAGAUCAGAGACCAGGGCUCCUGUGGAUCCUGCUGGGCAUUUGGUGCUGCAGAGGCCAUCUCUGAUCGUGUGUGCAUCCACAGUAAGGGUAAGAUCAGUGUGGAGAUCUCCUCAGAGGAUCUGCUGACCUGCUGUGACAGCUGCGGCAUGGGAUGUAAUGGUGGCUACCCUUCAGUUGCCUGGGACUUCUGGGCACAAGAGGGACUCGUCUCUGGAGGUCUCUAUGACUCCCACGUUGGCUGCAGGCCCUACACCAUCCCCCCCUGUGAGCACCAUGUGAAUGGCAGCAGACCUCCCUGCACUGGGGAGGGUGGUGACACACCCCAGUGUAUCACUCAGUGUGAGCCUGGAUACACACCAAGCUACAAACAGGACAAGCACUACGGUAAAACAUCUUACAGUGUGCCAUCGGAUGAGCAGCAGAUUCAGAUGGAGAUCUACAAGAAUGGCCCAGUAGAGGGAGCGUUUACUGUCUACGAUGACUUUGUCCUGUACAAGUCUGGUGUGUAUAAACAUGUGUCUGGUUCUGCUGUUGGUGGACACGCCAUCAAGAUCCUGGGCUGGGGGGAGGAGAACGGUGUUCCCUACUGGCUCUGUGCCAACUCCUGGAACACUGACUGGGGUGAUAAUGGAUACUUUAAAUUCCUGCGUGGUUCAGAUCACUGUGGUAUUGAGUCUGAGAUUGUGGCAGGUUUGCCCAAAUAAGACCUAAGGUUUUGAGCUGCAGCAUCAUUACACUAUCACUAGAGGGUGACACUCCACUUACCUGCCACAGAAGACAAAAUUAACUGCUUUUAGUCCUUUUUAGCUAAAGCACGCUGAUCACUUUGCACACCGGCUUAAAAAAGAGUGUGGUGAAUUUGUAGAUGGGAUAUGACAGAAAUGCUGUGCCUGAGGACAAACUACAGGAGUUCAUGUUCUUUCAUCUCUAAAUACAUGGUCUGUCUUAAAGGUAGACAGAAGAAAAUUUAUUUUUAAACAGGCAUGUGCAUUUAAUUACAUCUAUGUAGCUUCAAAGCAGGCUAUUGCUUUCGUAGAAGUGAUUAAAUUUAUCUGCCAUCACAUUUUAUUGCACCGGUGGAAGUUGCAGGCAGUUUUAGAGCAAUGGAAUGUAAAUUUUUUUUUUUUUUUUUUU